GGCCAUUCGUCCAAUGAACUCUUAUGCUUUCGUCGGCUUACCUAUGUAACUAUGCUAGGGUUUAGCUGAACUGAGUUUGAGACUUCCAGACUUAUCGAGGGAGAAAAAUACAAGAGAGAGGAAACCAAAAUUUCCUUUCCUCCUUACUCACACCGCGCAAAAGGAAUCCCGGAGGAAAUCAUGGGCGGCAAAUGUCCUCACAGGAAGGUAAAGAAGAGAAGGCUUUCUCACAAAACUGCUCGCCGAACCAAGUUCCUCGUUAAAGGCGACGAUGCGGUGUAUCAAGAGCUUCAGAAGCCAGAUGCGGAGUACAAACCUUUGCCCGUCGAUGAAGAUCUCCCUGGGAUGGGUCAGUUCUAUUGUAUGCACUGCGACCGGUACUUUUCAACUGUCUCUGUAAGGGAUGAGCACUUCAAAACAAAACGUCACAAGAAACGUGUGAAACAGAUGAUGGGACCUGCACCUCAUACCCAACUAGAUGCGGACUUAGCUGCCGGGAUGGGAAUGCCUGACAAUGGUCCAAAGCUGAUGCCGAUGUGAGCGACUUAAUUUUGGUUCUCAUGGAAUUUUUUUAUGUUAGGUAGUUUUAGUUCAGCAGUUGACUUCCAUAGAAAAAUCAUUUGUUUGAAGAUAUUUGGCUGUUGUAAUAGUCCUUUUGUACACUCAGCAAUGCUUGUUAAGGGUUCUGUGAUGGUUCCUUGGAUCAAUAACUUGUCUUGUUUUUAGCA